AUGGAGUCAGAUCCCAAGUCUGGUCCUACGAAACCAGAUAUUAAGCUGGUUACGAUCGAUGUUAAGAUGCAGAUUCGUACUCUCCACGCGAAAAUUACUUCCCUUCGGGAAACAAGUGGAAUGACAGAAGAAAUCGAACGAAUGAUAACUGAACUCAUAGCCCUUUGCAACAAAGACGACUCUCUUUCGACAACUCGCACGCCAGCGCCUGCGGCAACCACAGUUUUUUCAAAGCUCCUCUUAAAGCCCGAGACGAUGCAGGUGCACUCUGGAUAUGCUGGUCCGAACUUGACACAUCUCUUGAUGAUGCCUGAAGACACCAUCAUCGCUUACGCAUAUAUCAAUGAGGCGAUUGCCGUCGGUUUCAACACGCGAACAAAUUUAGGAGGUCGAUUUCUCAUUAAUACUACGAAGAGGGUUCAUCCACAACCUCAUGAGAAGGUCGAAGUAUUCAUUGCUACAAGUUCACUUACCAGUAUGCAGGUGGGAAAAGAGUCCGAUGUCACGUAUCAGUUCAAGGAAAUUGAGUGGCUUGAAGAAACCUGA